AUGGCACCUGCAAAGUUGGCAGUCGUUUUCCUCGCCACUCUGGCCAUUCUCUCUCUCCUUCCUGCUCAGGGUUCCUCAGGUUCGCUGGUGGUUCGUAACCCAGUCCUAACCCACCACAACGGCCCUCUCCUCAAGGGGAACUUGAGCCUUGCCAUCUUGUGGUAUGGCAAUUUCGGUCGCAGCCAUAAAUCGGUCAUCCGGAAAUUUAUCCGUUCACUUAACAAUGACGGUACCGGGUUACAGCCAAGGGUCUCGACAUGGUGGAGGAUGGUGGAGAGUUAUCAAGGCGCAGUAUUGGCCGGCCGCAGACGUGCAAGCCCUCCUCCAAUUCGCGUUCGCGUCGCAAAGCAAACAUCUGACAAGACAUAUUCCAGUGGAAAUAUCUUAACUCAGGACAUCAUACCCGGUCUUGUGAAGCAAGCGACGGGUGGGUCACGGUCGUUGAUCGCUGCCAUCUUCACGGCCAAGGAUGUGUCGGUCCAGGGCUUGUGCACAGGCAAAUGCUCACUGCAUGGGGUUGUGACAACCGGGCAAUCCCAACAAUUGUAUAUGGUGGUCGGGAAUCCAGUGCUAGAGUGCCCAUAUGAUUGCGCCUGGCCGUUCCAUAAACCUAAGAAAGGGGCAGUGAAAUCUAAGGUAUUGAAGCCACCAAGCGGCAAGGUAGGUGCCGAUGCAAUGGUCGUCAGUUUGGCUUCAGCCUUGGCAGGGAUGGUCACUAAUCCAUACAAUACUGGGUUCUUCCAAGGCCACGGAAGGAAUCAGAUCGAGGCGGUGACAGCCUGCUCAAAGGUGUUCGGUACAGGCGCGCAUCCGGGUUACACUGGGAAGGUAGCCAUUGAUGGGGCUACGGGUAGAGCCUUCAACGCACAUGGCUGGCGUGCCAAGUUCUUGCUUCCGGGACUAUGGAACCCAAAGACCUCCUCAUGCUGGACACUCAUGUAA